AACCAACUAACCAACCAGCCAUGGCCGAAAACAAGAGAAAGAAAUGUAAACAAUUCAGAAAAAGAAAACAUUCAAGCAACGAUGACGAUGAUUUAGAUGGAAAUGAUGAAAGCAGUGGUAUGGUUGCCAUUAAUGAUAUCAAAGAUCUUCAGAAAAUGCGAAAUCGUCAAAAGGGAGUCAGUGCUGCAAGUCUUGCUCUUGGCAAAAAGAUUGAAAAAGCUGAACAGAUUGAAAAUGCAGACCCUUUUAAGAUGAAGACUGGAGGCUUUGUUGACAUGAAACAAAUGAAAAAAAUACCUUUGAGUGGUGAAGAGGCUACAUCCAUUGGGACAACAUUUGCAGCAGAAACCAACCGAAGAGAUGAAGAUGCAGAGAUGUUUCGGUAUGUUGAAGAAGAGCUGGCCCGUCGAAAAGGUCUUUUGAAGAAAGAAGAUGAAGACUAUGUUAGAUGUGAAAAUCCAGAAGAUACAUUGUAUAAACUGCCAGAGCACCUUCAGGUGAAGUCUACCACUAAGCGCUCCGAGGACAUGUUAUCCAAUCAGAUGUUGUCUGGUAUUCCAGAGGUGGACCUUGGUAUUGAAGCCAAGAUCAGAAAUAUAGAAGCAACUGAAGAGGCUAAAGACAAGCUAUUACUGGACAAGUUGAAAAAGAAAGAAAAUGAAGUUUCCGAUUUUGUACCUACAAAUAUGGCUGUCAAUUUUGUGCAGCAUAACAGAUUUAAUAUUGAUGACAGUAGUCCACUGAAGAAGAAACCUGAAAUUCCAGCUCCAAAACCUCUUCGUGUAGGAGACUGGGAAAAUGAUGAUAAUAAUCGAGGAAAAAUCUCCAGUUCCAGAUCCAAUGAAAAAGCAACAGAUGAUUUUCAUUACGAAAAAUUUAAGAAGCAGAUGAGAAGAUGAGUUUUCGCUUUUGAAAAAAAAAUCAAGCUGUGUACUAGGUGUGAACUUAAAGAUGUGCACCAUUUGGAAUUGGGACACUUCAAACCAGUCAGAAAGGAAACAUACUUGCUUUUCAAUCUUAGUUAAGACUUGUGAAGGAACCGUAUGCAGUUUUUGAAACCUAGACUUAUUCAUCCGACUUUAAAAUUCUGCAAACCAAACCAUUUUUGUCAUUUUCAGUAGUCUGGAGGCAGAGUCUCCAAAUUGGGCAAACAUUACAACCGGUAGUUCAGUAUUACAGUAGGUUUUAUGACCACCAAAGAUCUUGUAGGACGAUUCAGGUCAGAAGUGAAAUUUGAAAGUUGAUGUUUUUUUUAUCAGUAAAUCGCAAAUUCAAAAAAUAAGAAUGACUCAAAACAAAACAAUAACAACUGUAUGAUCAACAGAAUGAAAAAGACCACUCUUCACGAACUUGGCAUUGCUCUGCAGGAUGAGUGGAAUAACCUGAACCAAGCCAACCUGGGAUUACUGAUAAGGAGUAUGCCAUGUGGCAUUCGUGCCUGUCUCGCAAACAGAGGGGGAUUUACACAAUACUGACCACAUUUUCACUUCAUGGUAAAUUUGGUUUGACAGUAGAUGUGCUUUUGCCUUCAUCACGUGAAAUCCUGGUCCCCUGAAAUCUACUGAACAUUGUAAUGCAUCAUCGGAUGACACCGUAUCAUGUUUAUAUUGUUUAUCACAUUAAAACUUUCCUAUUGAUGACUCAUUCUUAUAGGAUAUCACCUAUUUUAUUAGUAUGAAAAAAGGUGUUCCUUGUGGAAACGACUAACAGUCAUUUUUGUUUAUUCCUUAAAAUUACCGAUAUUGGGCCCACUUGACUCGUAGAAAUUGACUUAAAAUGGAAGAUUAACAUUCGCUGCGUGUCACAUGAUGUCAUACGUGCCAGAUCAACAAGGCCAAAUCAUUUAAUGUUUACGACUUUUAAGCCCCCUAUUGUUAGAAUUUGUGACAUUUUUGUGACUCAACUGUAGUGAACAGUAGACAAAUAAUCCAUUAAUAACAAUUGUAAAUCAUUGUAUAAAUUCUGUUAAUUAAGAAUCAACUCAUUAGAAAAUUUAUAUUUUACAGUCUAUUCACUGGUAUGAACGUAAUGCAUAUCUGUACUGACAUCAAGUUUUAGUAAUGGGUGUUGGUAAAACGCGGACCGGACCGGACCGCCAAACAAACUGAUAUUUUCCUUUUGAAAAAAUAUUAAACAAAGUGUUCAUCCACUGUGCAUAGUUCAGAAAUAUAUAUUUUAUCAUGUAGUUUUUAAAAAUUGAAAAUAUCGAACCGCAUAUGUGCGGAAAUGUUAUUUUUUCAAAUGCUAAACACAGUUCGAUACUACUAACCUUUCCUGUUUAUAGAGGUUAACCUUAUCACAAAGAAAAGUUAAAAUCAUACUGAAAAUGUAUUACUGGUCAAGUUGUAGUCAAUUAUUGGAAAAUUACAUUAUGUAUGUUUUCAUUUCCAAUAAAGUCCAUUUAAAUUUUAUUUUUAAAAAUAUUGAAAAUCCUGCAUUAAAAUAGAUUUUUAUUUCUUGAAUAGUGACAUAAUUUGUUUGAUUUGCUGUAUAGUGUAUGUACUGAAAACAUUAGAAUGACAUCACAUAUUUAGAAGACGUCUUCAUUUUCUGAAAAUAUUUGGAACAUUUAAUGUAGAGUUUUACAAUGCUUUGUGUAAAAGAAAAAGUAGGAUUACAACUUUUUACUCAUUAUUGGGAAUACUUGUUAAUUUGGUAUAUUUUUAAACUGUCUGACCGGCCGUAUCUUAUCAAUACAGAAACACAAUUAUUCUAAUAGACCUUUAAUAGUUGUAGGCUGAAGACCCACCCCCAGAAAAUAACAUUUUAGUAAAUAUUAAUUACAUACUUUUGCUAACAACGUAACAAGUAGUGGUAGUCUCAAGAAUAAUAGUGUUUCAAGGAUACAGCUUGAAUGUCAUUGGUGUUACACAUUGUCAUUGGUGUUACUUUUAUGUCAUUGGUGUUACGCAAGAAUAUUUUAGCUGUCAUUCUCAAGAAACUUUAUUUUUGAAAUUUAAAUUAUUUAUUUAGGAAAGCAUACCUUCUACCUUUAUGACUUUGAUGAAAUUUAUUUUGAAGGAAUCCAUAUUUUUAAAUAAUUAAAACUGCCAGUGUAUAAUUUAAGUCACAUACAGAAUAUCCGUGUGGAAAUGCACAAUUACACCCUUGGAUAGUUUUUAAUUCUAAAGUUAUUCCAUAUAUGUUAUUAGGGACACCCAAAUAACACACCCAUGUGCUCUUGAUCACUAUAAACCAAUUGGAUCACACUGCUGAACUAUCCCACUUGUCCGGUAACACCAAUGACAUAAUGACCUUGUUCGUAGAGUAACAUGUGUCUGCACGUGCAGUCCGAUUACAGUUCUGCGUGGCCAGAUAUAAUUUUAUGUUUCUUUGUUCAUCCAGUUUCCAAAAGUUAACAAAUAAAAAUUAUACCUUUUAA